AUUUUGUGUUGGGAAAAAUAUCCCUCCCAUAUUCCAUUAUUCAGUUCCUCUUCUUCUCUGCGUUGGUCUGAUACUUCCGGUUGUUUGAUAAGACAGAGAGAGCUUAAAAAAUGGGCAACCUUUUUUGCUGUGUUCAAGUCGAUCAAUCCCAAGUAGCUAUCGAGGAGAGAUUUGGGAAGUUUGAGAAUGUUCUUGAGCCAGGAUGCCAUUGUGUGCCUUGGAUCGUUGGGAACCAGGUAGCUGGGCAUCUCUCCCUUAGGUUGCAGCAGCUGGACGUGCGUUGUGAGACCAAGACAAAGGAUAAUGUAUUUGUCAAUGUUGUUGCAUCUAUCCAAUACCGAGCCUUGGCUGAUAGUGCGAGUGAUGCUUUCUAUAAACUAAGCAAUACAAAAUCCCAAAUCCAGGCCUAUGUUUUUUAUGUGAUCCGAGCAAGCGUUCCUAAGCUCGAUCUAGAUGAUGUUUUCGUGCAGAAGACUGGAAUUGCUAAAGCUGUAGAAGAGGAGCUUGAAAAGGCUAUGUCUGCCUAUGGUUUCGAGAUCGUUCAGACUUUAAUUGUUGAUAUAGAGCCUGAUGAGCACGUGAAGCGAGCAAUGAAUGAAAUCAAUGCUGCUUCAAGACUGAGGGCAGCAGCAACUGAUAAGGCAGAGGCUGAGAAGAUUGUUCAAAUUAAACGUGCGGAGGGGGAAGCUGAAGCAAAAUAUUUGUCGGGGUUGGGUAUUGCUCGUCAACGCCAAGCAAUUGUAGAUGGGUUGAGAGACAGUGUAUUAAGCUUCUCAGUGAAUGUUCCAGGGACAACUGCAAAAGAUGUUAUGGACAUGGUUCUUGUCACUCAAUAUUUUGACACCAUGAAGGAGAUUGGUGCUUCCUCUAAAUCAUCUGCUGUGUUUAUCCCUCAUGGACCUGGUGCUGUUCGUGAUGUUGCAACCCAAAUUCGUGAUGGACUUCUUCAAGGAUCACAGAUCGCCCAGUAAUUAGGAUCUCAUUACAAUAUUUACUUGGUCUACUUUUUAAUAGAGGUGAAUACUGUCAUGUCCACCAUGUUGUGUCUUUUUUUGUGGUGGUUGUUUUUAGUUCAAAUGGGGGCAGCAAUAGCCAACCCUUACUAGUUUUUGUUCUUCUUAUACAAGCAUUUGAUCAAGUACAUAUAUUAGUAGUGUCAAUUGUGACUUUGAACAGCUUUCUGUUUUUGUUCUUGCUCCAAAUCAAAUGAAUAAAAUCGACAUAUAAUUUUUAAGAUC